AUUCACAUUUGACAGAUUUUUGUAAAUGUCAAAUUAGAAUAUUUUCUGGCCGUUUCAGGGGUUCUUGAAAAUAAUCCAAAAGCAUCUGAUAUUAACCGAACACAAAAGUGAAAAUAUUUAUCACAUAAAAUGGCUCCAAAAGCUGGCGGAGAUUCAGCCAAGGUUAAUUCGACGGUUUAUAAAAACAAGAGUAAACCAACUGAUGUUCGACUAAGUAAUAUAAAUGCCGCAAAAGCUGUGUCAGAUGCUAUCCGCACAAGCUUGGGACCCCGUGGAAUGGAUAAAAUGAUUCAAUCAGCCAAUGGUGAAGUCACUAUCACAAAUGAUGGUGCAACUAUUUUAAAACAAAUGAGUGUUAUUCAUCCAGCAGCUAAAAUGUUGGUGGAGCUGUCCAGGGCCCAAGACAUUGAAGCAGGAGAUGGCACCACCUCGGUUGUGGUAAUUGCUGGAGCACUUUUAGAUGCAGCGGAGAAACUCUUACAAAAGGGCAUUCAUCCUACUGUUAUUUCUGAUGGUUUCCAAAAGGCUUUGCAAAUGGCAUUGCAGGUUGUGGAAAGCAUGUCGAUUCCGGUGGACCUUUCCAAUGAAGAUGCUCUGCUGAAAGCAGCUGCUACUUCACUUAACUCCAAAGUUGUGUCUCAACAUUCAUCAAUUUUAGCUCCCAUUGCUGUUCAAGCUAUCUGCGCUGUCAUGGAAUCUACUCCCGGUAAAGUGGGCGCUCGUGUUGAUUUGCGUGAUGUUAAAGUAAUAGAACGUAUCGGCGGUACAGUGGAAGAUACUGAGCUUAUUCAAGGUCUUGUUAUCCCGCAUCGCUCAGCUAAUGUGAACGGCCCUCACCGCAUUGAAAAAGCUAAAGUUGGACUCAUACAGUUCUGCAUUUCUCCACCAAAAACAGAUAUGGACCACAAUGUGAUUGUAUCAGACUACGCGGCCAUGGACCGUGUACUCAAAGAGGAGCGGCAAUAUAUUUUGAACAUCGUCAAACAGAUCAAGAAGGCUGGAUGCAAUGUCUUGUUGGUACAGAAGUCGAUUUUGCGGGAUGCAUUAAGUGACCUGGCUGUACACUUUUUGGACAAAAUCAAGACCAUGGUGAUCAAAGACAUUGAACGUGAAGAUAUUGAGUUUGUUUGCAAGACUCUUGGCUGCCGGCCGAUCGCUUCUCUUGACCAUUUCACUGCUGAGAACUUGGUCAAUGUUGACUUAGUAGAAGAGAUCAAUGAACCAGGAGGAAGAUACAUCAAGGUAAAUGUACUUCGUAAUCCAGUUAUAACUGAGAUUUUACACGUGCUGCAGCCGCUGCAGGUCACCGCCUCCGCGCUCGGCCUCGCCACAGAGACCGUGCGCGCAAUACUCAAGAUAGACGAUAUUAUUAACACCGUUAAUUAAAACAUAUUUUAGUAUGUAACUAAAAAUUUAUUAAUCACACCAGUUCACAAAGUUUUAAUUUAUUGUAAACGCCUUAGCUUCAACAAGUUUUUAUCAUUUGUCAUUCUAAUAUUUUACAUAAAAUCUUAAGUUUUGUAUGUGUAAGAAUACUAAUGUUAUUUCAAAGCAACAUGUAAUUGCAUUUAAUUCUCUUAUUUGCCACUAUGUUUUAUUUCUAAUGACUAGAUUACAAGAAUGCCUGGAAAAUUGUAAACACUAUCCUGCAUGACUGCAAUGGUUGUAGAAAGAUAUAUUUCAGGUUUUCAAAUAAAUAAAUAAUAACUAUUA